AUGCCGCCUUCGAUAUGCGAAGUCUGCAAGGACGCUCGAGCGGCUGUCAUCAGGCCUAAAAACUCACAAAAGAUUUGCAAGCAAUGCUUCCUGACGGUCUUUGAGAGGGAGAUCCACGAAACAAUAGUGGCUAACAACCUCUUUCAUCGCGGAGAACGAGUUGCCAUAGGCGCUUCUGGUGGAAAAGAUUCAACUGUCCUGGCCUCGGUGUUGAAGACUCUGAACGAGCGUCAUGACUAUGGUCUGGACCUGGUCUUGUUAUCCAUCGAUGAGGGAAUCAAAGGCUAUCGGGACGACAGCCUCGAGACCGUCAAGCGGAAUGCUUUACAGUACCAGAUGCCUCUUGAAAUUGUGGGAUACGACCAACUUUAUGGCUGGACCAUGGACCAAGUGGUGGCACAGGUAGGGAAGAAGGGGAAUUGCACCUAUUGUGGCGUAUUCCGCAGACAGGCGUUGGAUCGAGGCGCCGCCAAACUGGGAAUCAAACAUGUGGUGACUGGCCACAAUGCGGACGACGUUGCCGAAACCGUCAUGAUGAAUCUCCUCCGUGGAGAUCUACCACGCCUUGCAAGGUCUACUUCUAUUGUCACCUCCAGCGCGGCCAGCGACAUCAAACGAAGCAAACCUCUCAAAUAUGCCUAUGAGAAGGAAAUCGUGCUAUAUGCCCAUCACAAGAAGUUGGAUUACUUCAGCACAGAGUGCAUCUACUCGCCAGAGGCAUUCAGAGGAAGUGCAAGGACGCUGAUCAAAGACCUGGAGAAAAUCCGACCGAGCAGUAUUCUGGACAUUGUCAAAAGUGGAGAGGACAUGGCAGCACUUGUGCCACCCGAAGUGAGCGGGUCGAUAUCUUGUGCAGCAGAGGCCGAAGGAGAAGCGAACGGUUGCGGGAGUAGGAAUACAAAUGGUGACUCGAUGGAUCUCAUGGAGAAGCAGAUCGCAGCCAAUGAAGCGGCCGCCUCUCUAGAGACCGAGAUAAAGCUGCCAACCGCACCAGCCGAACCAGCGGCGAGAGAUUCAGCACCCGUGGUGAGCAUCCAUGACAAGAAAAGCAAAGGACGCCGAAAGGGCAAAAUAAACAAACAAGUCAUGGGUCAGUGCGAGAGAUGUGGCUACAUGUCCAGUCAGCAGGUCUGCAAGGCUUGUUCGCUCCUUGAAGGCCUCAACAAGAGCCGCCCGCAGACGUCAAUUGAAGUGGGUGUUGAGGACGAGGAAGGCAGCACAACUUUGAUGAGGCAGAUUGCUGGCAUUGUCAUAUCGGCCGGUUAG